AUGGAUGGCAUCAUUUGGAAUUCAUUUUUAGGACGAGAAAAUGUCAUUUUAAACUUUAUUAGCUUGUUCCCUGUCAAUUUUGAAGAUCAAGCUUAUGUCUAUGCAAGGUUAAUGGCAGCUGAACUGGUCAAUGUGAAUGAGUUUCAAGAACUGGCAAGGCAGGCCCUUCCAAAGAUGUACUAUGACUACUUUCGCGGAGGUGCUGAGGACCAACACACGCUUAAGGAAAAUGUGGAAGCAUUUCAUAGAAUCAUUAUUCAGCCAAGAAUUCUUGUAGAUGUUAGGAGGAUAGAUAUGUCGACUACAAUAUUGGGGUACAAUACUUCAGCGCCCAUCACGAUUGCUCCAACUGGAAGGCAUAAGUUGGCACUCCCUGAAGGGGAGGUUGCAACAGCCAGAGCAGCAGCUGCAUGCGAGACCAUAAUGGCGUUGUCCUUUAUGUCUACCUGCACCGUGGAGGAGGUUGCUUGCAGCUGCAAUUCUAUUCGCUUCUUUCAGUUAUAUGUAUUCCAUUUUCUCUUGAGCUCUCAUAGUUUUAACUUUUUCAUUGAUCCAAUUUUCUCAAGCAGCACUGCUCUGAUGGUACACAGAGCCGAAAAGAAUGGAUUCAAAGCUAUUAUUCUUACUGCUGAUACUCCUAGACUUGGUCGAAGGGAGGCAGACAUCAAGAACAAGUGA